AUGAGUUUGUAUAAGUUAAUUACACCAAAGAAGUUUGUUGAGUUGGUCGCCAAGGAGACAACCCGUAGAGUUGUACCUGUUGACUCCACUUGGUAUAUGCCAAAUCUAAACAAAGAUGCUAAAGCAGAAUUUUUGAAUGUCGAACGUAUUCCACAUGCAGUCUAUUUCGAUAUCGAUGAAAUCAAGGAUACCAAGUCUCCUUAUCCCCAUAUGGUACCAGACUUGGAUACCUUUAAUAAAGGAAUGAGUAAAUUAGGCCUAAAAGAAAAUGAUAUACUUGUAGUCUACGACAGAAUUGGUAAUUUCAGUGCUCCUAGAUGUGCCUGGACAAUUGGUUUGUUUGAACAUCCAAAUGUUUACCUAUUGAACAACUUUAAUUUAUAUAAAGAGGCCGGUUAUCCUUUAGAUACUUCUAAGAAGGAAAAUUUUUCAGAAUAUUCAACAUCUGAUUACAAAGCUGGUUAUAGUUUAGGCAUUGAUGAAGUUGUUCCUUAUGAAAAUAUGAUUUCUUUGGUUCAAAGUGGGGAUAUAAGAUCUAAAUACAACGUAGUCGAUGCAAGAGCAUUGGACAGAUUUGAAGGUAAAGUUCCAGAGCCAAGACCUGAAAUUCCCUCAGGUCAUGUUCCAGGUGCUAAUCCAUUACCAUUUAAUGAAAUCUUAAAUCAAAAAACAAAAGCGUUCCCAGAAUCUGCUGAAGAAAUGGCUACCUGUAUUGAUCAAGUCACUAAGAAGUUAGGUUACACUAUCGACCCUAAAAAACCAACAAUUGCAAUGUGUGGUACUGGUGUUACUGGUACUAUUAUAAAAACAGCACUGGAACAUGCGGGAUUCAAGAUGGUCAGACUUUAUGAUGGUUCUUGGACUGAAUGGGCAUUAAGAAGUAAUCCAGAAUUAAUUGCUAAAAACAGAGAUUAG